CCACCUUUAAAGCCUCACUGCAUCUUCUUCUUCUUCUCCCCAUCUCUCUCUCUCUCUCUCUCUCUCUCUACCCAUCAGCAAUGGCUUCCCACACAGCUGCACCAGCAGACCAUCCAGAACCUCUCAAACACAAGAUGUGGGUCUUGAAAGUUUCUAUUCACUGUGAAGGCUGUAAACGGAAAGUCAAGAAAAUUCUUCUGCAAGUCCCAGGUGUGAAAGAUAUAGAUAUUGACAUAAGACAGCAAAGGGUUGUGGUAACCGGCGACGUUCAUGCCGAUACUCUGAUAAAAAAGCUGGUGAAGUCCGGUAAAAAUGCGGAGCUAUGGCCGCAGAUGGUUGCGCCGAGGGAGGGGAUUCCGGCCGCCGCCGCCGCCGUUAAGAAAGCCAAAGAACUGAAACCAGAAAGUAAACCAGAGGAUAGUUGUACCUCCGGCCAUGGCGGCGGUCAAAGAGAAGUCAAACCACCGGGAAAAGUAGCAGCGGUGAUUCAAGAGCCUCCGGCUAAGAAAACUGAAGGGUGUAGAGAGGAACCCGCUAGUGGCGGCGGCGGUGUUGCUAAAGACGAAGGAAACAGUGUCGCCGGCGCCGGCACCGGCGCCGGUGACUCUAAGAGUGUUGAAAAUUUACAAGGAGCAAAAGAGUCAAAAUCAGAGGGGAAGAAACCUGAAACAGGAGGAGAAAGUAGUUCUCAAACUCCGGCCACGGCGGAGAAAAAGGACGGCGAAGCCGGCGGUAGCGCCGCCGGUGAGGACAGGAAUGGCGGUGGGGCAGAAAAUGGCAGUACCGGUAAAACAAAGAAAAAGAAAGGGCAAAAUGGGAAUUCCAGCGAGAAAAUCUCAUCAAGUGCAGGUGGACCAGCAGGUACGGGAUCACAACAUCAUGAAACGGCCCCACACGCGGCUUCUACUUUCACCAAUCAAAUCACUCCACAUCAUCCAUACUAUGGCCCCACACCCGUAUACGCCGUGAGCUACAAUACGGCCUACCCAACAAGUAGCAGUACGACGUCGUACUACGCAUCACCGCCCUCGAAUUCGUAUGCUUAUACGUACCCCGGCCCCACCAUGGAACCACCACCGUCCGAUUUGGUGCAUCCACAGCAGCCGUUGGAUUCAUUUGAACUAUUCAGUGAUGAGAACCCUAAUGGGUGCUCAGUUAUGUGAUAUUAUUUGUAGCCUUUUAAAGGGUUGCUUCGCUUAUACCACUCGUAUAAGAUUGUGAGGGCUAAUUUUGGAAAUUGUAUAGAUGUAUGAAAGUGGGAGAGAUUAGGGAUCAGAAUUAGAAUUAGAAGGAAACCCCGUGAAAAAGCAAACAACCAAGCAAAAUGUCGAAUAUAACCCCCUCAUCCAGUGUUCUGAGAUUCGUGUCCACGGAAGUGAACACGUGUCAAAUCUUUAUUGGAUGAGAUGUUUGUUGUUCAAUCAGUUCAAAAGAGAGGUUUUGGGGUUUUCUUUAUUACUUGCUUUUGUACAAUGUAGCCUUAGUUGGUAAGUUUAGUAGUCAUUUUGGCUUCUUUUGCUGUAAAAGUUGUUAGCCAUGUAAUGCAUAUAUAGUUCUAUCUCUC